AUGUUCAGACUUGCUGCACGCACCGCAACACGAUCGGUUCGUCUCUACUCUACGGCGCCCCCAAAACGCUCGCCGCUCAAAUUCGCCACUUUUGCUAUGGUUGGUGGGUUGCUGGUGGGCGGCGCUUUGGCAAUGGGUGCAGACGCCGCUGAGCCCAAACUCUUAGACGCCAAGGCCGCUGAGACUGGCGACGUCCAGCUGCUCACCGAGGAGGAUUUCGAGCCGGAACCCCAAGGUGCUUACAACCCGGAGACUGGCGAGAUCAACUGGGACUGCCCUUGUCUUGGUGGUAUGGCCCAUGGUCCUUGUGGCGAGGAGUUCAAAAAGGCCUUUAGCUGUUUUGUUUAUUCGACUGCCGAGCCUAAGGGCAUGGAGUGUAUCGAGGCCUUCCAGGGUAUGCAGGACUGCUUCCGUCAACACCCUGACGUCUACGCCGAGCAGUUGGCCGACGAGUCCGAGCCUUCUGUCGUUGAAAACGUAGACAAGGCCGGCCUCGCUCUUGAGGAGAAGGCUGCUGAAGUCUCUGAGAAAGUUGCCACAAAGGUGACCGAGGUCAAGGACCAGAUCCAGACCAAGAUUGAAGACGUGGGGGCGAAAAUCGAGGCCCAGCCCAUCACCAAAAAGGUAAAGGAGGCCACUGCCCAGGCCGUGUCCAAGAUCACUCCUGAUGCCAAGUCUGAAACCUGGAGCGCAGACUCAGAUACUCAAGAGUUCAAGGAAAAGCUGCACAACAGCACCAAGAAGAGUGAGGACAAGCUCGAGAACAUUGCUCACGAUCUUGCUGAGGAGACUGAAAAGCUCAAGGAAAAGUUCAGCCAUCGUACCCACGAGGCCGAGCAUCACUUUUCCGGUGAAGGCCCCUCCGAGACCGAUGAGGCUGCCAGACAAACCGGCAGUUUCAGAGAAAAGCUGGGUCACCGUCUUGAUGAGACUGCCGACCAGCUUCGUCACCUCGGCGGUAAAUAG